AUGUUCAUGCCUUCCCGACGUCCAAAAGUCAUGAUUCUUAUAUGGAAAGAUAGAUAUUUGAGUCAUGACCCGCGGCGAAGUGGAAAGAGGUCAUUUGGAUCACUCGUUGGACCGGAACUUAUUUUCUACCAAGACAUGUCCGACGAGCGCCUAAGUAGAGCCCAUGGAGACUUUGAUGGAUCAAGAGGCCCGGAUACCGCGCCCAAGGCCUUGGCUCAUCUUGACACUAGCAUAACUCAAUCCAGAAGCUUCCAUUGGCCUGAACGCGGCCCAUUCAAGAACUUGGAGAGCAAGCUCAAGCGGCUAAAGAGAAAUGGAAACUUUCCUCUUCUGCGCGCGCUCAACUUUGCCGACCUAGACCCGCUCUCUACCUAUAUAUACUUGCUUUUAGCCUCUUGUAAUAAGAAUCACCAGCCGCAUAACAAGAAACACUUAUUCAAUAAAGUCUUUUGGAGCAUUCUGGAGCAUAUGGGACAUAAGGAGCAUGGAGGGACUUGGCACAUGGAAGCAGCUCAACUGGAUACGCAAAGGAAGAAGGGAGAAGCCAUCUUGAAGACCAGCUCGACCGUCCACUCGACCAACCGGUCGAGUUCCUCAACUCGACCGGCCAAGCUUCAACUCGAUCGAGCUGAGAAGUCAAAGUCAAACCCGAAAAAUGUUGCUUCCCCCUUGACUUUCCUUUGA